GCAUUUGCAUUAUAUAGACUGUACUAGUCUAUUUUUUUUUUUUAUAGUGUACUACACUACUACUGUGGAUUCUUUGGUUUGGUUAAGUCUGAAUGAUUCGGAGUUCAGACUGUCCUGUCUGAUCUGGCAUCUGAAUACUACUCGAAAUUUACAGACAGUUACGAACUACGAAGCCGUUAAUUUAUUAAUCCCUGUACUUUAAAGAUGUCGAAAAAUCCGUUUGUGAACUGUAAGUCACGUAAACGAAGAAAGAUCAGAGUCCCAUCCAUCAAACCUAAAGAGAAAUUAUUCUGUCCACGUACCAUGGUAAGGUAUGAUGGAUCGCACAGUGAUUAUCCAACGAAAUGGAUAUGUAAAAUGUGUCUGAAAUGCAUCUUAAGUGAAGAAGCCGUAACAAGUCAUUUGACCAAUUGCAGUGGUCAAUCUAACCGAGCUAUACCUCCCAAAGUAACGAAAAAAAAUGAAGAUACUCGUUACAUAUGUGAGUAUUGUAACAAGGUAUUUUCAAGGCGUGUUACGCUAAAGAAGCACUUGGAACAACAUGAAAAAUCAUCUAGCAGUCUAGACUCAGAGCUAUCUGACAAUGAAGUUGAAGAUACUCCUUUAAUAACAGAACAUGGAAAUGACGAUAACGACAAACCUGAGGAGGAAAACCCAUUCAAUAACAUUGAGUUGAUUUAAUUUUGAUUUAUUCGUAUUUGUUUUGAUUUUUUAUUAGAUAUUAUUUUUUUUUUGAAAAUUCCUUACAGCCUGCAGUUGUUUAAUUCUGAAUAAUUCAUUAUUAUUUGUGAUUAGUAUCUAUAUAUUUAACUUUGAAUUGUGUUGAGAACUGAUUCAAUUAUUUUAAACUUUUUUAUAGAUUUUAUUUCCGCAACCGUACAUUAUUACUCAGCAUAAUAUAAUUUGAUUUUUAUUUCAUUA